AACUGUCCACCACUUAGUUAGCUUACUUGUCCACCUCGAGAUUUAGCAAUUUACUAAACACAAGUGUGGAAAUUGAUAUAGAAUAACUCAAAGGAUAUGUUCCCACUGAAUUAAAACACACGCCUCACACAGAGACGUUGCUCUGCAACACAGGGUGCUCCAGCAGCUAUGUCCGGGAUUAAAAGGAAAAUAGAAGACAAUGACCCCGAUUAUGAUGACAUUUCGCUGUUCCAAAACAGUAAGAGAAACAAAGCAGUUGAACAUAAUGCCCGAGAAGCAGCGGUACAGAAGAUUGAAACCAUCAUCAGAGAGCAGUUUUCUUUAGAGAUGAAGAACAAAGAGCAUGAGAUAGAUGUGAUAAGCCAGCGACUCAAUGAAGCCAGGAGGAUGAUGGACAAGCUAAGGGCAUGCAUAGUGGCCAAUUACUAUGCCAGCGCUGGAAUAAUAAAGCACCCAGAGCAUGCUUCUAAGAGUGACCCUGCCAUGCUGAACCAUCCAGCCAUCCGCCGGUUCCUAGAGUCCCCAUCCCGGUCCUCUUCCCCUCUCAAUCAGGGCUCUGAGACUCAGUCUCUGGCCCAGUCAGAGUCCGAGUCCCUCUCACAACAAGGAGAGGGGGCUGAGAGGGAAGGAGAGGGAGCAUGGAGAGAGGACGGCAGCAGGCAGGACCGCAGACCAGGGCGCAAUACCGGCAAGGACACAUUUGGUGUGCCAUUGUCUUCAGGAGCUGAGCAGAGGGUUACAUACCACCCUACCGGAAAUGAAGCCUCAAGACUGUAUGCAAAAAAGACAAUUGUUGUGGGGAAUGUUUCCAGGUACAUUCCCCCAGAUAAGCGGGAAGAAAAUGACCAGUCGACCCACAAGUGGAUGGUGUACGUCAGAGGCUCCAGGAGGGAACCCAGCAUCGACCACUUUGUAAAGAAAGUCUGGUUCUUCUUGCAUCCCAGCUACAAACCCAACGACCUAGUGGAAGUCAGUGAGGCUCCCUUUCAUUUAACACGUCGCGGCUGGGGGGAGUUUCCUGUGAGGAUCCAGAUCCACUUCAAUGACCCGCGCAACAAACGUAUCGACAUCAUCCACCAGCUAAAGCUGGACAGAACAUACACUGGGCUGCAGACACUCGGAGCAGAGACUGUGGUUGAUGUGGAGCUCCAUAGGAACUCUCUUGGGGAGGACUUCAUCCCUCAGCCCUCUUCCUCCAAGGUGACUCACAGAGCAGCCAGCCCCCCAACGGGCGCCUCCCUGCCCCAGAGUUAUGGACGCUCCAGUUCUCCAGUCCAACACGAUCCCAGUGUGGAUAAAGGUUUCAUCAAAGCGGAGAUGGGCAGGUCUGCAGGCGGCCAUAGCUCCGGCCUCACCGCUGGUGAACGCACCCCAACCCGACCCAAAGUUGCAGACAGGAUCACUCUGGGUACCCAUGGCAACUCUGCCUUCCAGCCCAUCACUGCCAGCUGUAAGAUUGUCCCUCAAGGACAGACGCCAAGCCCUGCUGAGUCUCCGGGGAAAUCGUUCCAACCAAUCACCAUGAGCUGUAAAAUAGUUUCAGGUUCUCCCAUCUCCACCCCGAGCCACUCCCCACUGCCUCGCACCCCCAUCACCUCCACCCCUGUCCACAGCAAGCAGGGCUCUUCAUCAGUCCUCAAUAACCCUUACAUCAUUGUUGACAAGCCCGGCCAGGUGAUCGGCAUGGCUUCCUCAUCCGCCGCUUCCACAGGAAGCCCCUCAGCCAAACAGUCUGUGGCCCAUGGCGCUCGCUCUCCAGCCCCCAAACUUCACUCCGGCACCUUCCUCUCAUCAGGGAUGAAGGUUAUUAUUAAGCAGGAGCCAGGGGAAGUUUCGACACAGCAGCAGCAGAUGGUUUCCACAGUAACCAGCCAGCAGCCUGCCGCUACAGCAGCACACCAGUUUGUCGCAGUGAAGGGAGGUCACAUGAUCUCCAUGUCGGCCCAGAAACAGACAGGAGGGGCCACGGGGACCACAACUGGCAAGAUGUUAGGCAUCCCAGUUAGCUCUACGCUCCAGUCUGCAGUCAAACAGGUAGCUAUCAGCAGUGGACAAAUUCUGGUCGCCAAGGGGAACCCUUCUGUAUCCAAGGUGAUGGGUGGGAAGCAGGUUUUGGCUCAGGGCCUCGCUAAAGCCAUCGUCAGCGGAGCCAGUGGGCUCUCUGGACAGCAGGCGGCUGCCAAGGCGACCGGGGGGUCAAGUGGCAAGAGUGGAGUGAUGGCUACUCUUCAGCUGCCAGCCAACAACCUGGCUAAUCUGGCCAACCUGCCUCCAGGCACCAAGCUCUACCUGACCACCAACAGUAAGAACCCGUCGGGGAAGGGGAAGCUGCUCCUCAUCCCACAGGGAGCCAUCCUGCGAGCCUCCAGCGCAGGUCAGCAGUCCCAGAGCAGCUCAUCGACCGGCGCUGGGGGCUCUCAGACCUCCUCUUCCUCCUCUUCAUCAUCCAGCAGUCUGCCUUCCAACCUGUCCUACACAUCCUACAUCCUCAAACAGACCCCACAGGGCACGUUUCUGGUGGGCCAGCCAGCACAGGGUUCAGGGAAGCAGGGGGGUUCCAGUUCAGCAAGCCAUGCAGCAUCAUCUCCGGCAAAUGUUACCCAGCAGGCCAUCCGGGUGACAGCGGGACAGAAGGCUGCUAUCCUGGCUCAGGUGGUGGGCGGCUCCCAGGGUGCCCAGGUGAAGUUGUCCGACGGCUCUGUUAAGACGGUCACCGCGGCAGCAGCAGGCCACUUGUCCAAGCCCGGGACGACCACACUGAGGAUGACAGGCGGAGUCAUCACUGCCACCUCCUCCACCCCCGGCCCCGUCAGCGCCGCAGCAGCCGGUCAACAACAGGCUGCCGAUGGCGGGAAACCUGCCUCUCAGCAUCACUCGCUCCUGGUGGCAGCCAAUCAAGCGGCAGUGAUCAAUGCAGCUAAGAGCGCCUGUGCUGCAGCAGCUGCGGCCGCUGGAGGCAGCCUGUCCAAGGCGGCCGUGGCCUCGCUGGUCAAGGGAGCCGGAAACUCUGCCACCAUGACGAAAAGUGCUGCAGGCUCAACUGGAGCUUUAGUUACUGUGGCCAAAGGCAUUACCAACAUGCCUGUGGUCAGCAUGUCCAAGGCUGCAGGGGCGGGGACUGUGGGGGGUGUGCCCAAGAGCAGCGGCAAGCCAUUGGUCAAUGCCGCCUCGCUGGUCACCGGAAUGGCAGCAGCAGGAGGAAAGACGGGUGCUACUCUCUCAGGCAUGCUGAAGAUCCACUCUGGAGGCUCCAGCUCUCAGCAGACAGUCUUAUCCAUCCCUGCCAACCAGCUGAAGCAGCUGGGGGGGGGCGGCGGCUCUGGAGGGGUGCAGCCCAUACUCAUGCCUGUUGGGAAAGUAAUGUCUAAAGGCCCAGUCUCCACUACUCCCUCCUCCACCCCUGGAGCAGCUGGAGCCUCCCAAAGUCCUGGCAGACAGGCGUCCCCCUCCCUUGCCCUGCCUCUGGCACAAGUGAAGACUGAGCCCGGCGCCGGCACAGCUGUCACAGCUGCUCCGUCUCCCCCGGCGACCGCUCCUGUCCCCACCUCUGCAGCUACGAUAGUCAAACAGGAGCAAGGGGCGGAUACCUCUGCUCACGAACUCAUCAACACUGAGCACAUAGAGACCCUGAUGCAGCUGCUGACAGCCGUGGUGAAGAAGUUCCCUCUUAUAGUGCCCGAUAAGACCGAAGACUCCCAUCCAUUCUGUGCCUCCUCAACAGAACAGUAUUAUUCCUGGACUAUUGGCAAGCGCAGAGCAUCAGAGCUUCAGCGGGCGGUGGCAGUAAAGCGGCUGGUCCAGGAUGUGUUGGACCGCUCGCCCCGCCUGCAGGCCCUCACCCCCCCAAAGACCAGAGAGGUGGUGCAGUGGUGCCGGCAGAGGGGCUACACGCCGCCUGACCUCGAGCCCCAACGCAAGAACGAAGACGAGUCCAUCGAGGACAUCCUCACGCAGAUAGACAACGAGCCCGAGUGCCCGACGACCCUGAGCAGCUGUGAGGAGCUGGUGCUGCGGCUGGAGCAGAUGCAGGCUCUGCUGAAGACAGAACCGGAGGAGGCAGACGACAGGAUAGUGGACAUCGUCACUGUGACCCCCCCAUGCCAGAAACUAAAGGUCAAAGAAGAGGAGCAAGAGGCUGAUGCUGAGCCCAAGUUCUUCCUGGGGCCAUGCAUGUCUGCUCAGUUUGUCAGUGACACAGCACAGCAGAUCGGGGUGAACUUCCAGCCAGUCGAGGUGGAGAAGAAUGUGUAUGCUCCAGUUGUUGAAGCCAUGAUUCUGAAGGCUACUGAACAGUUUGCCAGUGACAUCCUGAGAGAAGCUCUGGCUGGGGCGUACGCCAAAUCCCCUCAGAACAGGGCUCCGAGAGAGAUCACAGCCAUGAACAUCCACCAGGCGGUCAGUAGCGUCCCCACCUGUGACUUCCUCACCAACACGCACAUGGGUUACCUGUCCAAGGACAAUUGAGGCAUAACUAGAAGACAUUGACUGGUAACCGACCCCUACAGGGAUGUGAGGACUGUUCGACCUCCUGCUUAUGACAGAGAGACUCUUUGAAGUGCGAGAACAUUCACAUAUGGAUGUAGUCCUGUUGCCUCAGGUUGUGCAGUAAUAACUAAUGUACUGUAUUCAUUAACUUAAUUACAGAAGGGCUCAGCUUUCUCCUCACAGCAGCCGAAUAACAAUUCCUAACACUCUGGGUAAAUUGUAUCAUGUUAGUCCUAAUGUACCCAGAAGCAGCGUCGUGGGACCGGCGUCAUUUGAUUUUGAGAGGCUGUUGUGCGCUAGCUUACCUCAUAACAAGAUUAUUUUAAUGAUGAAGUGUUUCCUACUAGACAGCCACCUAGUCAGCAGGGGAAAUGAAGCCUGAGUGACUUACAAAAAAAACAAAACCUCAUCAGACAGCUGUCUCCCCCCCUUGAUUCUUCACCCUGCUCACAGGUUCAGUUGGCAGCGGAGGUGAAGCACAGAUUCACAGCGGGUUGUAAACACUAAUGAACAUCUGGGUAUUAGAGUUUCUUUCAAUCAAGUUGAUAGAAAUGUCUGGUGGGCAAAACAAGGAUUUUAUUCCAAAAGUGUCGUUGCUACAGCAACUGUUUGCGAACAUCCUUUGUUGUGUUUCAGUGUCACCUGCCUGCUGAAUUCUGGCUCUUACAAUACCGCUGUUGUUAAGGGUCCACGAGAAGAGGUAACGGAUUUUUGUUUCUUAUAUUUAAGUUGCAGCGUAUUAUGAAGGGUUGUAAAAAAAAAACAUGUCUGACUCUUAACUAGACAAAGUCUACUGAACAAAACAUGUCAUACAUAUCUGAAUAUUUAUCUACUCCCCCUUAAAAAUAGGUUCAGUUGAAAGUGCUUUUAAGUGUUUUGGUUGGCAACCAUAAUCAUGUGAUGUACACAGUAUAUAUGACCAAUUUGAAAUAGAUGGUGUUUUCAAAUCCUGUUUUAUUUUUUUAUCCAAUAACAAUAACUGCAAACAGUAAUGCCCUAACAGUAGUGAGUGUGUGUAUGAAUAUGUGCGUAUAGUGGAUGUAGUCAUCACAAAAGUGAAUGAAUUUGAUGGUAAGUGAGUGCGCUGUGUGUGUUUUGUGGGCUGAUGUAGUGUUGGUAAAUCUGUUUGAUGUGGAGCUUUGCAUUAUGUUAAUGUAAGGAUGAGUGGAAGUGUUUGGCCUGAGUGGUUGUGAUGCCUGUUCAACCAAAGUAGUGUAGAAGGUUACCAAACGUUGUAUUUUCAUGUUUCAGUGCAAAACCAAAAAUAUAAUCAAUAUUCUUGUAAUAAAAAAGGAAAAACUCGA